AUGAAUCAAAGUCACUUAAAACGAUUAUCUUUCGUUGCCUUCCAAAACCAUUCAAAGAAAUUCUUUCGAUAUAACAGUUCUAUUCAAAACGAGAGAUAUACCCAAAUUAAGCAUUUGAAAGACCUUGAAAGUCACGGUUAUACCCGCCAACAAGCGGAAGCUCUACUUGAAAUUAUCCUAGAAAAUACUAAGAAUACAGUAACCAAACACGAACUUAAUGUAGUUAAAAAUACUCUCGUCGACAAAAUCGACGACCUCAAAAAACAGGUCAGGAAUGAAGUAGGAAUGAUUAGGAAUGAAGUAGGAAUGAUUAGGAAUGAAGUAGGAAUGAUUAGGAAUGAAGUAGGAAUGAUUAGGGAUGAAGUAGGAAUAAUUAGGGAUGAAGUAGGAAAAGUUAGGGAUGAAGUAAAUAAGGUUAGGGAUGAAGUAGGAAAGAUCAAGGAUUUCAUACUUCGUUCAGUUUUCGGAACGGCUGGAAUAGUUCUAAGUACCUCAGGCAUUAUCCUUGCAUAUUUAAGAUUUUUUGAAAAAGUUUAA